CUCGCCCACUGCGCUCCGACAGGUUAGUCUUCACCUGGGCCGCAAAGUGGGGAAAGUUAUCCACUCAAACGCGGUACAACUUCAGAAUUUUUAAGGGAACCAGGGACUGUCUGCUUGAGGUGAGUUCACGAGUCAUUUGUUUCGUCGUUAUAACUGUUUUUUUCGCUGACAAUGGCGAAGCUACUUCCGGAAAAAAAAAAAAAAACAAGCACACACACAGGUAAGACGAGUUUCGGUCUGGACUUGAGUAAAUAUGGAGUGCUUGUGUAAAUAUCCAACAUAUAAAGUUGUUGUUCACGUGUGUCAUGUUGUAGUCAUGAUGUUUAUACUUCAAAGUGUGGUUAUUGUCUUCACUCUGGGGAGAGAAGGUAAGUUAGCAUGUAGCAUGUUUAGCUUGCCCAGGUUAUGUCAACGUGAAUGCGAGCCAGCGUGCUGCGGCCGUAAACACCUUUAUCAACACCCAUAUUUGUUUUCCUCGCUUACUUUUAGUAUCACAAUCUUUCCAUGUUGCUGACUGCGUCUGUCACAGGCUGGAAGGUCCGAACAGUUUUGACCUGACAGGAGACAGUGAGUUAUUUAUGACCCCCAAUGACAACACGUCAGUCUGAGUGGGCAACCUAAAAAGAAGCUCUCCUACCACCAAGGAAAAUGACAUGACGGAAAUAGUGGUGAAAUAUGUGAUUUGGACCACCACACUAGUAGUGUGAUUCCUUCACAUGCAUAAGUCCAAUUCUAAGAUUAUUCAUUGUAUUAUAAAAAAUUAGAAAAGCACUCAAAGAGCUCAAACCUCAACCAAGCCACUUCUUUCCAGCACCAAUACAAUCUUCCAAUAACAAAGUGUCUUCAAAAAAAUGCUGAAAAUGGUCCUUUUCCCCCCAUUGCUAAAAAAUAUCAAUGCUAAAAAAAACCCAACAACCUUGGAUUCAGAAAGUGAUUUGGAUCACUUCCAAAAUGUAAUACCUUGUUCUCUCGCUUCUCUGUCCAUAACGUUUCAUGUUGUUUCAAACGCACACAGACAGACCGUCACCGUUGAAAACAUAACCUCAGGUGAGGUCAUGAAAUUGUUAAAAAAAAGAAAACAUCCUGAACAUGUAUAACAAUGACUGACAAAUCCUUCAAAUUGAAUAUUGUAAAGGAAUUAUGUUUUUCUUUUCAAAGCCCAGUCUUCUUUCAGAACACAUUGAACCAACAUUUUCGUGUUUUGUUUUUGGCCCACUCUGCCUUCAAAUCUAGAGUGUUGUGAUGUCAGGAGCUGGCGUUAUGCGUCAUGUAUUAGAAUUUAAGUAAUAUUGUAAAGAACGCUAUAAGUCUUAGAUUAGGUAUUUGCCCAACAGUCGCGUCACAGCAGCAAGCAGCAAAGACACACGUACAACGAGGAUGUACACAAGGCAACAGUGUACACAAAACGCUAAGCUGCACAAAUGAAAUAAAUACAUGUUAGACCAAUACAUUUUAUUAUCACGUGUUAUCACAUGUAAUAGCAAACCUUCGGUUUAUUGAACCUAUGUCCUGCACCAAUGGGUACAGGUCUCACUUGCUCGCCACCAUCAAAAUAUCCUCAGUACUUUAUCACUCCAUUUCAUUAAUCAUAUAUCACCGACUAAAAGUCCUCCAUAUUGGGUGCCACCACCAUGGAUGGAUUGGAUUGAUGAUUCAAUUCUUGGUGGUGUUUUGCCAGACAGCACGGAUGGUACAUUGAGUGCUCUUUGCAGUAUGUUUAAAAAUGGAGGGGGAAUAAAUAAUAUGUAAAAAAAAAAAAAAACUGUAAAAGAAAAUCAAUAUGAAAAUGUUAAGGGAGCAGUGAAUGUAUUCAGUCUAGAACAAAAUCCGUGGUAUUUAUGUUGAGUUUGGCGUUGAUCAAGUUUAAAUAGCUAAAUUGUUAUCUAUUUAAAUAUUUAAAUUAUUUGGUAGUACUUAUUCAGAGUAUAUUUCAUAGAAUAUACAAGUAACAUCAAAAGAAAACAGAAAUUAUAUGCAAUAUUGUGUCCAUCCUUGUGUGUUGGUGAGCUGUUUUCACUAGCAAUCAAUGGGGUUCAAGAAAGGAAAACAGGAUCAUGGUUCAGCAAGGCUGACAAGACCACGUGCAGAGUGAUAGUAGACUGCAAUGUGACAUAUCAGAGAAGCUAUUUACUGUAGAUAACACGACAGAAAGAGGUGGUAUGUCUUUUAAAGAAAACUGUUUUAUAUGGGGUUUUAAGCUCAAGAUGUGACAUUAAAGUCACUAUCAAUUUAAGAAUUUAUCAUCUAUUUAACGUUGAUAAUUAAGUCAGACUUGUCCUCUUUAUUUCAAUUAAAUUGUUAGAAUAAUUUAAUGAUGUUGUAUAGUUGGUUAAGCUAUCAGUGAGUGAUAGAGGCUUUAUAUUUUAUUACCUUGUGAAAAUAAACUUUGGAUAAGUGAUAGUGAGCAUGGUUACCCUUCCAAGUGAAAGUGGCAACUGGGAGUGUGAACAAGUUUUAUAUGGUGUCUGAUUCAGGAUUAGUCUCUAAUUUAAAACAUUUUGGUUUGGAUACAUGUUCAUCAUGAGCUAAUGUUUAUUUUAGUUUAAAAAACAGACUGUUUUGUCACCAGUUAAAAAUGUAUUAACCAUUUAUUAACUUGUGGUGGACACUGUGCUUUACCUGAAAACAGCCUGUUGACACACUCAUCCAGAUCACUGACAAAAUUGUACACAUUUCAGACAGUUUUUACGUAAUGCCUCAUGCAGAUUGGAUCAGCCAACUCUUUCCCAUUGUUCUUAGUAAUUUAUUCCCGACUGCUGACGCAGCACUGGUGUCUCUAACAGACGUAACACACCCCUGUCUCACCGACUGAAGAUUUUAUUUGCCUAUCGGGGCCUCACCUGUGUGUUCAUUUUGGGUGUGGCAGCACAAAUGAAUAACACUUCAAAGAAAAUACAGUGGCUCGUUGAAUGCCAGCCACCUCUGAUAAUCCAGUGUGGGACUUAAGGAUAGCGUAGGACCAGAGACAUUUCCUCAGGAAGCUUAGUCUCUCACAUGAUUUCAAGGCAUUUGAUUUGGAUCAUGGUUUCAGUGGAAAUGGCUGGGAAAAAACAAAAAGCUCAUUUCAUUGUCUAGUAGUUGUGUAGUAGUUGAACUUUGCAUAGAAUCAACAAUAAACUGUUGUAUUUCAUCAUCAGCUAUCAUAUACAGUAAAACUUCUUCGGACGUUCAUUUUCAGGACCCAUUGGCGUAUGAAGCUAGACUGACAUUAAUUACUCAGAAUAUGUCUGUAAUGAAGUGACUGAACAACCGAAAUUUAGCUUCAUUUAUAUUCAUUAUUUAAUUUAAAGCAUUAAUUGGUAUAAGUAAAUGUUUUUGUCAUGCUGAAAAUUACCAUUUGGUCAAACCUGACUCAUGAAAUAGCAGUUAUCAUGGGCAGGGUAAUACAUUGUUUUCUGACAAUAUUCCCCAAUAUAAAGACGAUUCUAAUGUCAUUAAGCAGCAAAUAGGCUUGUUGUAACUGUUACAUUCCCAUCAACUCUACAUCAUGUGAAAUAUACUGUUGCCACUGAACUACUGCAACCGCUGCAUACAUCUUGCAUACCUGUUGGCUCUGUGCUCAGUUCAGCUCUUCUAACACAAGGCUGAAAUAAACGCUAAGAGCUGUGCUGCUUUGGAUAAUCUUUUUUUUCUUCUAGUUUGCAUGUUCUCUGACUAGCAUCAUCUACAAACUAGAAAAAUAUUGUGCGGACUGUUGACCAACAUGUACACACUCUCUUUCAGAGAAUCCUCAGAUAAUGUACUGCCCAGCAUGUUACAACCUUUGGAAGUAGCUGGAUAUUUAAGGACAAAAAAGAUAAGCAGAAUACUUAUUCACAGCUUUGUUUCUGUGGUAACUGAAUUCAUUGUCAACAACCAGGAGACAUAUUGUGACCUGAUAGUUUUGUAUUUCAACUGUUUGUGUAAUAUUUUAAUGUCAACCAUUCAUCUGGCUGAAGGAAGUAGAGCAUAGGCGAGUUUCUUCUGUCUCUCUGUGGACUCCAGGAUCCAGGAACGCUAUCCAUUACAAGAGUGGGUAUCAUUUGUACAACAUGAGGACAAAGGGAGAGCUGUGACGUUAGCAGUGGUGUGCACCUAUGGGAGUAUGUGUGCGCACACAUCUCUGUCAUCAGUCACUCUUCUAUUGAGAGUGCAUUACCUGUCGUAAUGCAAAAUCAGCAGUCUACUAUGAGCAAACUCGGUCACACAGGCAGGAGAGACACUCUCAGCUGUGCUCCACUCUGCUUAGUUAAACCAAUUCCCCUCUGCAUUCCUUACACAAGUGUAGCAGUGGCUCAUAAACCCAUGCGCGCGCACACACACUGACAAUGUGCAGGGAGGCAGGGCUCUGGUUUCAUUCAAGCUUCAGGCAGCUGCUCCGAUAGUGUCUUGUGUUUUCGUGCGAUGACUACUUGGUGCGCUGCACUACAGGGAUAUCAUUCUGGGUGAGUAACUAGAAUGUUGCGCCAUACUUUUUCCAGUAGUUAGUGAAGUCAUUCACCAGGGUACUUUCCCCUUUAGCAUAGAGAAAGUUGUAGAUUUUUACAAUUGUAUGUUAGUAUAUGUUUCUUUACUGAUCAAGCAUACAUUUUACAUAAUUUGACAGAAGUGGUCACCUGCAUCACUAUCGUGUUUUUGGCUACACUUUCAAUUACCUUGUGAAUUUGCAGCCCAACCCAGCAAUUCAUGAAUGUUUGCAAUGCGUUAAUACUAUACAUUUGCUUUCUGGCCUGUAUUCAAUAUUAUGCCUAUAGAAUUAUUGGCAUAUUCUGAGUCUGAAUUAGAUGUCAUUUUAUUCAUAACUGUAAACAAUAAUAGUAACAAUUCUGUUGGUUCUGUUGAUCAACAAUUCUGUUGAUGGUCACAGACCAUCAUAUGCUCUGCUCGGCCAGUUUUACGCAUGCAUCACAUUUUACAUAUAUCCUAAGGUCCAGGUCUAAAUCUUCUCAUUUCUCAGUAUCACCAUUCAUUCCGUCAUGUAUGGUAGGUGGCCAAAAGUUUCACAGAAGAAUGCGUUCCUAAUCAACACUGGCCUUAUAAGAGGGAAGUAAAGCGGAUUAGCUGCACAAACGAAUGGGAGACCACUGCUGAUUGGGUGUAAUAGGUCCAUUAGAGUUGAGAAUUAUAGUUGUGCUCGGUUCAUUCAACCCUCUCACACACACUGGAGUGCCAUGCCUUUCUUCUUGUCCACUAAAUGGGGUUAUGACUAUAUCCUCACUUCUGGCUUCGCUUCUCAGUUAAGCGUGCUCAGUCGAGCAGAUGUGACUCUCAGCUGAAAUGAGAAUUCCUUUCGCCCGUCAGGAAACUUGUUGAGAGGAAGCAGCUGCAACUUCCUGCCGUAUUGCUGUGGCUCCUCACAUUAGUUAUUUCCUGUCGAGCCGAUGGUGUGCCUCGAAAUAACAGCUCUGCUUUGUUUUUGGUUCUGCAGUAGGUGACCAUGAGGACAUGGAGAUUUCACAGAUGAAACUGGAUCAGCAUAAUUCCCAACGUUGGAAUGGAAUGACCUUUUGACAUGCAGACCUAAUGAGAUUUUGAGGCUGUUCUGCGGGAAAGAGAAUUCACCAAGUUAAAAUCAAGGCUUUACAAAUGGCUGGAACAGAAACCAAGAUUGCUGGUGUGAGCGGCAGUGCCGGUCUUUCAUGGGCAAGGGUAUGUAAAGAAUGUGGCCAGCAACAUGAUGGGCAGGAGAGUCACCUUUAUGACUACCAAGACGAUGUGGAUGAUGAGCUGGUUUGCCACAUUUGUCUUCAGCCUUUACUAAGGCCAAUGGACACCCCAUGUGGGCACACCUACUGCUUUGAGUGCCUGAGCAGUUUCUUGAAAGAGCAGGACUUCUGUCCUGUGGACCGCCAACGCCUGCAGCUGCACCAGUGUCGCCCAUCCAGCCUCUUGGUCAGGAACCUGUUGGACAAGCUGACUGUCACAUGCCCUCACUUUGCAGAGUGUCAACAACAGAUGCAACGUUGUGAACUGCAACCUCACCUGCACAACAGAUGUCCUGCUUUUAGAAGACUGAAGGAAGAGGCUGAGAAGAGGAAGAGACCAUCUUGGAAUGAGUUAAAAGGUCGGAAGGGUGAUGGAGAGUCUUCUGGCGAUGCCAAGCAAUCAACAUCACCCUCUCGAACACUAUCAAGAGAUCAACCAGAGCCUGGACUGAUCAACCCUGCGUAUGAGGAGUCUGAGGAUGACAACACACCCUUGAGGUCCAGCCUUGUGGCCGAGUCCAGCGUUGUGGAGUUGUUCCGAGAUGACGUUGAAGAAGAGCUGGGCCUUCGCAUUGUGGGAGGAAAAGACACGCCUCUGGGAAACAUUGUCAUCCAGGAAAUCAUCUGGGGCUCGCAAGCAGCCCGCGAUGGCAGACUGGCACCAGGCGACCACAUCUUGGAGGUCAAUGACAUCAGUCUGGCCUCUGUCCCUCACGCUCGAGCCAUUGCAGUUUUGCGGCUGCCUGCCCUCCUCCGGCUGACUGUGCUGCAGGAAAAGGGAUUUAAGUCCAGAGAUUCACGCAGCGACCACCAGUCGUCGUUGAGCCAGUCUUCACACAGCCCUCAAGGCAACUCUACCUCCAAUCAUAGCCAAGGAUCAGUCCUUCAAGUCACACUGAUGAAGAGUCAGCGCAACGAGCCUCUCGGCAUCAAACUGAUCCGCAAAUCAGACGAGAGUGGGGUUUUCAUUCUUGACCUGCUGCCUGGUGGUUUGGCUGCCAAAGACGGGAAACUAAAAAACAAUGACAAAGUUCUGGCCAUCAAUGGGCACGACCUGCGGCACGGUACCCCUGAGAGUGCUGCGCAGAUCAUUCAGGCCAGUGAGGUGCGUGUAAACUUUGUGGUGAUGCGGCCGGCAGAGACUACGGAGGAAGCAACAAGCAGCAGCAGCAGAGACGGACAACAUGGCAGGGCGGGCAGGAGAGCACCUGACCCGCAGUACUUCAGGAGAAGAUCCACGUAUAUGAAGGAUCCACCAGGGGGGUUUUCUAGCCAGGAGAAGACUGUGAGCCUGAAGAAGGAGCCCCGACAUUCCUUGGGCAUCACUAUCGCGGGAGGGCGAGACUGUCGCAGUCGACUGCCGGUCUACAUCACCAGUGUACAGCCGGUGGGCUGUCUUCACCGCGACGGCACCAUAAAGAGAGGCGACGUCCUGCUGAGCAUAAACGGCGUGGACCUCACUCAGCUGACGUACAGCGAGGCGGUUUCUGCCCUGAAAGCGCAGACGGCUCAGUCGCAAGUGUCACUGCGUGUCAUCCAGACCAUCUCUGAGGACUCCGAAGACACCGCGGACGCUGGCAAGGACGAGCGGGAUUCUCAGGAAGACUCGCGCGACGACCCUCUGAACUGGACGCCUUUGUGGACUCGCUGGCUGGGGCUGCCCAGUCACAUGCACUGGUGCCGCGACAUCGUCCUGCAGAAGACCAACAACGACAGCUGGGGCUUCAGCAUCGUAGGAGGCUACGAGGAGAGUCGCGGGCAGCAGCCGUUCUUCAUCAAAACCAUUGUGCCUGGCACUCCCGCUCACUUUGAUGGGCGACUCAAGUGCGGAGACGAGAUUGUGGCGGUGAACGGAGCCACCACAGUGGGAAUGAACAACUCGUCGCUCAUCCCCAUGCUCAAGCUGCAGAAGAACAAGGUCACACUGACGGUGGUUUCAUGGCCGGGAAGUUUAGUGUAGAGUGAAAGCACAUACACACACACGUAACAUUCUUACUUAGUAAAGCCACUCGCCAAAUUGUUGAGUUACUUCCUGGUGUUUGAUCAGUUUAUGCAACAGAACGAGUGAGUGUGUGCAUAAGAGGCGUCCUUUGUGCUGAGGGGCGCAUGACUUUCACCAGCGAGAUUUCGGCAGGUGCUCUGAUGUUUGUGUGACUGUGAGCCUUGCAGGCUGACUUCUAGAGGAGGACAGUCAGAUUGUGUUGAUUGUACAAACUCUAGAGCGGCGCUGAUGCUCUCUCAAGUGCAUAUGUCCUGUGUGUGGACCAUGUUUUGUAGCUUCAAUGUGAUUCUUUAUCGCAACAUCCAAAGAUGUCAAUGGUUUUGAAGAACAAUGCCAAAAUCAGCCGCUGCGAGCCGUGCGGCUGUACACCAGUGUGAUUUUGUUGUUUUGUUUUUAUCAACUCAACUGCACUUUUUCAGAGACAUUCCACCUGAAACCUUCAGUCACUAGCUGCUCCACACUGGUCUGAUCACUUAUUUUAAUCCAAAAGAUGGUUGUGUUUUAUUGUCUUUGGGGUGAUGCGCUUCAAACUUGCAGUUUAGUCACUCUUCUUCAGUCAUUGACGCCUGUUCGGUACUGACCACAAAUCCAUUUUUUAAAUUUGCUUUCAUGCGCUGUAUUUAUUUUUGUUUUUAUUUUUUUAACACUUGGAUGGAAGGAUGAAAUAGAAUGUAGAUUUGCUCUUUCAACCAGCCUAAUCUUCUCCUGGGCUGCUCAUCGUCUGUUCAGAGAAUGUUCAAAUACACUGUUUCAUCUGUUCAUUGACUGAGGUGGUGACCUGGUCUGAGAGCUGUAGACCACCUCUGUUUCACCAAUAAAAUCAAAUCCAAAAA